CUCAAGAAUCCCAGCACUCCUGCACACCUCACCAUGUAUCUGCACAGAACAUAUAGGAUGACAGGGAUUAUUGUCUUUGUUUUACUCCUUCGGUUUUCUCUUUCCAGGACGGACGAACACAUUAAUGGGCUGUACACCCUGAUAGAAAAGGGUCAGGGCAGCUUUGUGGACUCAGCCCAAAACAACCAGAGCAGGCUGCUGGUCAAAGAGUCCUCUCUGCCCAUCAAUGAGCUUCUGGAGAAGAGCAGCAGGACUGCUGAGUCCAAAUUCAGCCUCCACCCUCUGCCCUCUGCUGUGUGGCCUAAGCACGGCGACCUGGUCCCGAUCCCGCGCCACCAAAGCCCCCACAACAAGAGCAAGAAGGCUCCAAAGAGUGAUCGUCUGACGGAGCACAACAGUGAAAAAACCAGAGGUGAAGGUAUCAGUCUGCUUCCCAAAACCUCUGUUACAGGAGCUACAGCUGCUGCCACCAACAACCGCACGCUGCAGAAGACCAGCCUGGACUCCAACAUCAGCCCCCCUCAGCAGAGUGACACAGAGGGCCACCCCAACACCAAAGCCAGGGGUCAACCUCACCCACCUCCAGCUCAGCCACACCCACACCACCCGGCCCCUUCCCCACGCAGAGAUGCCUCCACCCGCCGGAUGGACGCGGAGGAGAACCGCCCGGGGAAGUCCAGUCUCUAUCAGUCAGGUGUCAGUGGAAUGUUUCGGAACAACAGCCACACAUCUGUCAUCUUCAACCGACGCUCCUCCAGCCUUCUUUAUCAGUUUGACAUCCUGAAGCGAGAGUCGGACUUCACACAUGAUGCUUUCUGCAUGAGUGAGUGCAGGAAGGAAAAGGAAGAAAGAGAGUAUUUCUGUUACAGCGAGUUUGCUGUCAAUGGCAUUGUGCAUGACAUCGAUGUGCUGCGGAAAGGAAUACGCCUCAUUACAUUGAUGGUGAGCAGCGACGGCUUCUACAAGAUGAGUCGUCUCUACGUGAUUCCCGACAGCUUCUUCUUCAAAGUUCGCCUGCUGGUUCUCGACACCUACAGGUGCAGCAAACCCUGCCCAGAUCUCAAACUUGGAACCAGAUACAUCAUAAUGGGCCAGAUCUACCACCGGAGGCGCCACCUUCCCAGUGACCUGCUGAACCUACUGGGCGGCAAACUCAAACCCGGGGACGGACUUCUGCGAAGCAACAACUACGUCAAGAGGUUCAACAAACGGAGGCAUCAGAAAGCCCUCGAGGCCUCCAGCUCCAGGUGUAGGUGAACCAAAGACUAAUUUAGCACCCCUUGCUGCAGGGAUAGAGACAUUGCAGUGUGCCUGAACUGAUCAUGUGACCCCUCAGUUCUGGGUCAGAAAGAAGGGAUUUUUUUUGUAAGGAAUGUUGACUGCUAUGAUGUCAUAAUCAUCUGGUAAACCACCAAAAUAAUGGUCUUGUGCUCACUUUGAUAGAAGACUGAAGGAGUUUUAAUUCCAUUUUCUAAUAGUUGGGGCAUAAAACAAGGUUCCUCCCUUGGCCAUGUUUUUUUUUUAAUGGAAAAGUCCUGAUAAAUUCAUGUCUGAUGCACUACCGUUCAAAAGUUUGGAAACAGGGGAUUGAAUGUAUUUUGAUUCUAAAUUAAAGUUCACACUGAAAUGUUUUCUUAAUGAAUGUUUGUAAAUGAAUAAACACAUAUAUUAA